CUCUGUUUCUAGGGUUUCAGCGGGAAUUGCCGAUUGCUUUCGCUCUAGAGAUCGAAUUUUAAGACCUGUCAAUGCACAAUGGAGAAUAUGCAAUAUGCUGAAGAACUUGUAAGGGAGUUUCUGGUGUUCAGAGGUUUUACAAAUACACUGCAAGCAUAUGAAACAGAAUUGUCAACAGAUAUUGGUAGAGGCUUUCAAGUGGACAAGAUCUUAGACUUGAUAUUCUCUGUGUAUGUUCCUAAAUAUCAAGCAGAUAAGUUAGUUGGUUUACUAAAUUUCUUCAAGCAAUGUUUCUUCUCGUCUUCGGAGGCAGUGCUUAUCUCCACACUAUCGAAGCUAGAGGUGUCUAUAUUGCGGUAUUACAUUGUCCAUGCCAUACAAUCUGGAAGACGAGACAAAGUUGUGGAUUUUUUUGGGGCAAAUGGAAACACUUUGUUGCUGAAACGAGAAGAUUGGAUCCCCUGGUUUGCAAUUAUAUACAUCAAGAAUCCAAGCUUGGACCCACAGUUUCGAGUUUAUUUCUCAAAGGAGUGGUUUGAUGCCUUGCAUCUUUCCUUUAGGAAUUUCUUAAGUGAGAUCUUUAGUGGUAUUCGAAUUCCUGCUCUGCUAAAGAUUAGUACAGAAAAGAAUACUGUUAAACGUCUCAAAAAUGAUAUAAAGCAAUUAAAUGAUAAGUUGUCACAACUCCAGGCGUUGCUAGAGACAAAAGAAGCUGAAAUAUCUCACCUUAGAAGUAUGGCUGCAUCAACAUCAGCAACAGCUUUAAUUUCCCAGAAAAGCAUCUCUACUUCAAAUGAUGACAGUCAUUCUCUAGAGGAUCUCUUAGCUCCGUCUGCUGCCAAUGAUGAUGGCAGUAAUCUUCCGGUAAAGGAUCUUAAAGUGGCUGGUGCUUCAUUUCCAUCUCAACUUGGAGAAACAAUAUGCUCUGAUGAUGGAAUUCCUUUGAGAUCUACUAAUGCUCUCCAGGAGUCAACUUUCUCUUCAUCAAAAGCAGUAGUUGUUUCGAAUUCCAUGGGUGAACUCACUAAUAUAUAUGAUGAUGCUAAGGAGUCUCUUCCCUCAGACAAUACGAGGGAAAUGUUGAGAGAAGAUGACUUCCCUGAAGUGAGAGUGGAUUUUCAGGAGACAUUCUUAGGACAUACCAGUCCUAUUAGCAGGUGCCGCUUUUCGGCCUCUGGAACCAACAUUGCUAGUGCUUCUGUUGAUGGCACUGUCAGGAUCUGGACAUAUGACUCAUCAACUCCAACAUCCAAAAAUGCUACUAUAUAUUGUGGAGCUGAAAUAAUGUCUCUAGACUGGGAAUGCAGAUCUGACCGUUUGUUGCUCAUAGGCACAGCUGAUGGUGGUAUUAAAGCAUGGAAUGUUGAUGCAAAGAGAGUUGUAUGUGAUCUUAACACAUCAGCCAAUUUUCCUAGUGUUUUGGACUUGAAAUGCAGCCCUGUGGAACCAGUUUUUGUCUCUGCUGCUGCUUCUAGAUGUCAAGGUACAAAUGAAAUUGACAAACUGGGGUUGGCUUCAUUGACUGUUUGGAAUAUGAAGACAUGGAAGGCUACGACAGUGCUUCCGCUUGGUGAAGACCCACCGGCAAUUACUUCUCUCUGUUUCAAUCACAACGGGAAAAUUUUAGCAGCUUCCGCUAUUGACGGAAUGAUUCAUAUGUUCGAUAUGUCAGCGGGCCUUCAAAUAACUGGAUGGCCAGCUCAUGAUGCAGCAGUAAGUUCUGUGCUAUUUGGACCUGAUGAGACAAGCAUAUUUAGUCUGGGUUCUGAUGGAAAGAUAUUCGAAUGGAGCUUGCAUAACCAAGGUCAAAUUCUUUGGUCGAGAGACUGUAGUAGGUUUUGUUAUCCGGAAAGCACAAAAGUCUGCAGACAUGAGGUAGGAUUGGACUUCAGUGGCCGGAGAUUAUUAGUGACAUCUGGUUUGGUCAGGUCCCCUAUUUACCAGGUUCAAGGUCAUAUGAGCGCGCUAAGAACACUACCGCACAGCGCUGCCAUAACGACUGUUGAUUGGCAUCCGACUCUUCCAAUGUUCCUCACCGGAUCUGCAGAUCACUCGGUUAGAGUUACAUCUAUCGCUCCGUAAUUCACUGUUUUAUUUCGAAACACUUGUACAAAAUUCAGAUAUCAGCGGUGUUCACUUCGUUUGGAUUGUGUUGUGUGAAAUUUGAUUCUUGUAAGAUAUAAAUUAUUGUUGACUUUGUGUACAAUUAUUUUGAAUAAUUUGAUACAUGAACAAACUUAGUUCAA